CAUAUUUCUUUCCGGUUGUCAAAAAGGUACGAGACGGUUGUGUUAUUGUAGAUUUUGUAAGAAAUCUUUAAAAUUUGGCGACCAUCGUUAUUUCUAAUUGCUCGUUUUCCGCUUAUUUCAGUCAAAGGACGACUAAGUUAUUAAAAAAUGGCUGGCGUUGAUGUAGAUGUUCCCUCAGCGGCCGUUGGCAGCGGUACCAUGGAUGUAAACACCGCCCUUCAAGAGGUUUUGAAGAAGUCUCUUAUUGCUGACGGUUUGGUUCAUGGAAUUCACCAAGCCUGCAAAGCCCUUGACAAACGCCAAGCUGUAUUGUGCAUUUUGGCCGAGUCCUUCGAGGAGCCACUCUACAAGAAAUUGGUCACAGCCCUCUGCAAUGAGCAUCAAAUUCCAUUGAUCCGUGUCGACUCACACAAGAAACUCGGCGAAUGGUCCGGUCUCUGCAAAAUCGACAAAGAAGGCAAACCACGUAAGGUGUGCGGUUGCUCUGUCGUAGUCAUUAAGGAUUUCGGUGAGGAGACACAGGCCCUCGAUGUGAUCAAGGAGCACUUGAGGCAAUCUAGUUAAACCAUCAACAAGUGAAAACGUGUCUUUUUAAAAAUAAAAACAUAAAAAGCGAAA